UCUCUCUCAGUCUCCGUGCUGGUGUGUGUGUGAGAGUGUGAGAGAGAGUGAGAGAGAGUGUCUUCUCUUCAACCUUCAGUCCCGCACGGUUGCAGCAAUGGCCCUGUUGAAAUCGAGCAAGAUUAUUUCAUCUGUUGGGGCGUAUAGCCCAGUUCUGGGAGUCUUACCCAUCCGCGCAAGCUCAUGGUGGACUGAGGUACAGAUGGGCCCACCUGAUCCCAUCCUUGGGGUGACUGAGGCUUUCAAGCGUGACACCAACCCCAAGAAGAUGAACCUUGGAGUGGGGGCUUAUCGUGAUGACCAGGGAAAACCCUACGUUCUUAACUGCGUCCGCAAGGCUGAGACUCAGAUUGCUGCUAAGAAGUUGGACAAAGAGUACCUUCCCAUUGGAGGCCUGGCAGAUUUCAACAAGGCUUGUGCUCAGCUGGCUCUGGGACCUGACAAUGAAGUCCUGAAGAGUGGCAGAAGUAUCACAGUUCAGACCAUUUCAGGAACUGGAUCUCUGCGUAUUGGAGCCAAUUUUCUGUCACGGUUCCACACUGCAGUGCGUGAUGUGUACCUGCCAAAGCCCUCUUGGGGAAACCACACACCCAUCUUCAGAGAUGCAGGCAUGCAGCUGAAGGCUUACACCUACUAUGACCCGAAGACAUGUGGCUUUGACUUUAAGGGAGCCAUUAAUGACAUUUCAAAAAUCCCAGAGAAGAGUGUGAUUGUCCUGCAUGCAUGUGCUCACAACCCCACUGGAGUAGACCCUAGACCAGAGCAGUGGAAAGAGAUGGCUGAUGUGAUCAAGAAAAGAAAUCUUUUGGUAUUCUUCGACAUGGCCUACCAGGGCUUUGCCAGUGGGGACAUUGACCGAGACGCUUGGGCUGUGCGCCACUUUAUUGAACAAGGCCACAAUAUUGUUCUCUCACAAUCCUUUGCUAAGAACAUGGGCCUGUAUGGUGAGCGUGUAGGAGGUUUCACAGUUGUGUGUAAAGAUGCUGAGGAGGCCAAGCGUGUGGAGUCCCAGCUGAAGAUUCUCAUCCGUCCGAUCUACUCCAACCCCCCCUUGAAUGGAGCUCGCAUUGCUGCAACCAUACUUAACACACCUGAACUCUACAGUGAGUGGUUGGUUGAGGUGAAAGACAUGGCAGAACGCAUCAUUAGGAUGAGGGACAUGCUGGUCUCGAAUCUUAAAAAGGAGGGCUCCACUCACAACUGGCAGCACAUCACUGACCAGAUCGGCAUGUUCUGCUUCACGGGCCUCAAGCCUGAGCAGGUGGAACGUCUAAUUAACGACUACUCCGUCUACAUGACAAAGGAUGGACGUAUCUCCAUGGCAGGCGUGACCUCUGGAAAUGUGGGCUACCUUGCGCAUGCCAUCCAUGCAGUUACCAAGUGAAUCUAAUGCAUUGUAGAUGUUGUAUACUGUAGUGACGUUCACCUUGCACAAAAAUGUCUCCCUUCUAUUGGGCUUUAUCUCGGGAGUGUGUUAAGUAGGAAUUCAUUGAUUAUUGUCAGCUCAUCUUGAUUGGCAUUAUUAUUGUUUACCUGUUAAAUGGGAAAAAGUAUAGAAUGAAAGCACUGCACUUAAAAAUUUCCCUUUGAGUUGUGAAAGAGAUCAAACUAUUCUGAUAUUACAGAGUUCCCAAAGAGCACAAUCGCCUAGUGGCUCUAGUUUUACUCAAGCUAUUUUGCCCCCCACUCUGUUUGUCAGUAAUGUUUCAUCCGAAAAGUUGUAAAUAGAAUAUUAUGAAUCCAAAGCACUUAAGAGAAAAAUGAGACAUGCAAUAAUUUGAGCUAGCAGAUCUGCCCAUUUACAAUAAUGCUAAUUUCUAAACUGUUACAGACUUUUUCAUCUGAUGAUUGGAGCCAUGUUGUUUGUGUCAAUAAAGAUCUUGGGCCUUUAAAGCAAAAGCACUUUUUAGAUGAGUUUGGGCAGCUAAUGAAAAACUUGCUGCAAGAUGUAUAUUGUAAUGUGUGUGAUUUUCCCACAAAAUUAAAGCACUUCUAACCCGAUAUCUACAUUACAAAUCAUAAACUGAUACUGAUAAAUUAGCAACAAUUUGGUAAAGCAGAAUCAAAUUUUUAUUCCCAUUUCUUUUGCACAUCUGAUUUAAUCACUGAUGGAUGUAAAUGUAUUGUAGGUUAUAUGGAUUGUUAUUAGUAUGAAUGCAUAAUAUAUAAUGGCUUAUAAAUAUGCAGUUUGGUUGAAACUAGUUAAAAUUUGCUUACUGGGUUUUCUUGACUCAAUACAUCAGCUGUCAAUGUCCAUUUUUUUCUCAACUGUAAAAUGUGAAGUGUUAUCUGCAUAACAACUUCUAAACCAUGUGCAGUAAACCAAUAAAGAUGAGCUUAUCAAA